CCGUUUUUUACCUAUGUGAUUUUGUUAGAAUAUUUGUGAUGAGUCUUGAACCUAUUUGUUCUGAUAUAGCAUUGUUGGUGUAGGUGUUAGGUGUUGGUGUUAGGUGGCCAUAUUUGUUCUAACUCAUUUAGAUUUUUUCCUUGAAAUUUUGAAUUGCUCAUGGAUUGAAAGUUUUAUCGUUUCUGCAAAUUCUUAAAGUUAAUCUUUUCUAAAAUCUAUUUUUUUGUAAAAUUAAUCAGAUGUAUUUAGUAAAAGUUGAAUUUUUAUCUCAAAUUUAAAUGUUUCGGUGAUUGCAUUUAAUCAUUGUCUUUAAUUUUUCUUUCAAAUUAUUCAUUUUUCUAUAUUUUUCCAUUUUUGUUUACUUGGCCGAAGAGGAAAUACUUAGAUAAGCUUUUGUUGUACCUCAUUCAUUUUCUAUAAAAUUACUCCGUAUUUGUGAAAUUGAAUUCCAAAUUUGCAUACUUGGUUCAGAAUUGUUAAUUAGGUUUUACAAUUUCACUGUUCAAUUCCUUAAUCAGUUAUUAGAGUCUGAUUAUUGAAAGUUUGAAAUAUGUUUAAUAAACUUUGUUUGAUGAAAUUGAAUUACUGAUCUUUGAAAUAUGUUUAAUAAACUUUGUUUGAUGAAAUUGAAUUACUGAUCCUCUAUUGUAACAAAAUCACAUAGCAAAGAUAUACAUCCUCUAUUUGUUGGAAGGUAAAAGCGUUUUUACAAGUCACACAUUGUGUUGCUCCUUUUUUCAUAAAGUACUUAGCUGCCUGACUAACUAUUUUUAGAAUCUUUGGUAAUUGUGUAACCUGCAUGGAGUGUGAUUUUUUAGUAUCUGCGAUUCUAUGGAGACAAUGAUUUUCCUUCUCUUUUCUGAAGUGGUUUGCUGUCACAUAACUUUUUUGUCUUAUUAUUUCAGCGUAGGAUUAAUUGUUCUUGGUGCAUUCAUUGCUGGUGCCCGAGAUCUGUCUUUUGAUGCUUACGGUUAUGGAAUUGUAUUUCUGGCCAAUAUUACUACGGCUAUAUGCCUUGCAACUAUUGCUCGAAUUGGUGAUACAUCAUUGUUCUCAUUCAUUUGCCUUAUAUUCUGUAUGAUUUCUUAUAUUAAUGCUUAUAUAACCAUUUUUCUCCCAGGAAAGUUCAGUGGCCUUAAUAGUUUUGAACUUAUGUGGUGUAAUGGUAUUCUUUGUGGACCAAUAUUGCUGUUUUGGACUUAUGUGAGAGGUGACAUGGAUCUCACCUUCAACUUUCCGUACUUGCUAUCACCUGAUUUUCUGUUUGUAGCUCACAUGCCUUGGCGUCAAAUGACAUACAAGUUUUUGAAAACCAUUAUUGACGAUCUCUUUGCCUUUGUAAUCAAGAUGCCCACACUUCACCGGCUUUUAGUUUUCCGUGAUGGUAAUACUAAUUUAACACUCCUGAACAUCUUCGUUUUGCUUGAUUAUUUAAGUUGCACCCCCUUGAAACAAAAUUUGGGAGUUCUUGAAUUCUUGAUCAUUUAUUCUUGGAGGGAAAAAUUGGAAAACAACACACUUUCUGAUUUUCAAAGCCAGAGAAUGUUCUAAAACCUGUUUGCAAGCUCAAAAUGUUUACAUGGCUAUUGUUUCAAGAUAAAAUUAAAACUUCUACUUCCCCUUUAACUUUCUACAAGAUUUGUUCAAACUAUUAUAGUUUUGUUUGUUUUUCUAAACCUUAGCAAUCAAAUUGAGUCAGAUGGAGUAGUAUUACAGCAUUGGAGAUGAUGAUUGUGAUUGUAUUGUGUUUAUGGUUGAUUUUAACUUGCUUCGGUUUCUACAGAUUUCAUAUUUUUUGUAUAUGUUUAUCAAAGAUGGAAAUACCCAGUUGACAAAAAGCGGAUGAAUGAGUUCGGUUUUGGUGGUGAGGACGACAGUCAGUCUUCCGAGGCCAUUGAAGGGACAAAGAAGGGAUUUUAACUUCCAUAUUUUGAAUUACUCAAUAUUACAAAUUUGCCUCUCAUCAGAACAGGCUAGCUGAUUUCUUUGAACGCCAAUAUAACCACAUUUAUAUACUUAGUUUUGUUGGGUUCAGUUUUAUGACAGAUGUGCUGAAAUUAAGGCUUUAACUCUUUAAGCCUCAUAGUUCAUAUUUUAAUCAUCCUUUAUCUUUUGGUGAUUGCAGAGUGUUCAUCUUAAAGUCGCAUAAUUAUUGCUGC